ACAGCACUUGGCAAGUGACUACCGGUGCCAUAAUGUACUCCGAUAUUCUACAGGGAGAGCUAUAUUAUCAAAACCGAGAAAUUAAUAAUAGCACCCAAUGGACAGCCGUUGUGACCAAACCUAUAAACAAAACAGUGGCACAUAUAGCAGACAGAGCUCAACCAAUUCGGGUGACAGAGGAGUUGAUCCCUAAAUCCAAACGACAAAUAAGUCCCGGGGUUUGGAUCUUAGACUUUGCACAGAAUAUGGUUGGAUGGGUUGGGAUCAAAGUCCCUAAGAAUCACAAGUCUAUGAGAAUUCAGUUAAGAUAUGCCGAAGCACUCAAUCCCGACGGCAGUAUCUAUACACUAAACUAUAGGAGGGCCCGAUCUAUAGACACAUAUGUUAUUGAAGACUCGGGUGCAACAGGUAUGUCGGUUGAGACCCACUUCACAUACCACGGCUGGCAGUACUUAGAGGUCAGUGGCUUUCCGGGCGAACCCCAGUUGACUGACUUUAUGGGUCGUGUCGCCCAUACGGACACCCCAUUCACCGGACACUUUGAAUCAGACAACAAACUCCUGAACCGUUUGUGGCUAAACGUGUUGUGGAGUCAAAAGGGAAACGUAUGGUCUAUACCACAUGGCUGUCCUCAAAGGGACGAGCGAUUGGGUUGGGCGGGAGACGCCGCCGCUAUCAUACAUACGGCCAGUUAUAACGCCGAUAUGACCGCCCUUUAUAGCAAAUGGCUCCGGGAUGUGAGGGAAGCCGUCCGUAAUGGCGGCCACUUCUCCAAUGUCUCGCCCAGAUUGGGGACAUUUAACGACGCGGCGCCGGCAUGGGGUGACGUCGGCCUUAUAGUGCCCUACAAUGUGUGGCGUAUGUAUGGAGACAAACAGAUACUGGAAGUCAGUUACGAGUCAAUGAAGACAUGGGUGGCCGACAUAAAGGCCGCAAAUCCUAACUACUUAUGGACUCAAAUGACUUUUGAAAACUUUGGCGAUUGGCUUGAAAUCAACGCCCAGACACCCAAAGAUGUGUUCGACACCUCAUACUUUGGUUACGACGCCCUACUUAUGACCCAAAUGGCCGGUGCUCUCAACCGUACGGAUGACGUGAAGUUUUACACAGAAUUGCAUACAAAUAUCUCCAAUGCCUUCACAAAAGCAUUUGUCAACACAACCGAUGGUAAGAUCAAAGGCGACACUCAGGGCGGGUAUGUGUUAGCCCUGGCCUUCGAGCUUUUACCCGAAAACCUGAGACCACUUGCGGUUAACCAUUUGGUCGACAAUAUUAAGGCUCAUGACUACCACUACACCACUGGAUUCAUCAGUGUGGGUUUUGCGAACGAGGUUCUGGUGAAGUAUGGGCACCGGGAUGUGGCAUAUCGUCUGGUAUUACAGGAGACAUUCCCGUCAUGGGGUUACGCCAUAGCACACAAUGCGACCGCAAUGUGGGAACACUGGGACACAUGGACUGAGGACAAGGGGUUUAUGGAUCCCUCCAUGAAUUCAUUCAAUCACUUUGGUAUGGGAUCUAUAGGCAGAUGGAUCUACCAAUACGUGGCCGGUAUUGACACCGACAACCAAAUGGUGGGCUUUAAACACAUCAAAAUACAGCCCAACCCCGGAAAUGGUGUCUCGUUUGUGAAGUCCUCUUAUAAGUCAAUCAAUGGGUUCAUUGAGAACUCGUGGCAAACAAUAGGCAAUCAAUUCGUAAUGAAUACUUCAAUUCCUGUCAAUACUAUGGCUUCUGUUGACCUAACCUUUGCUAAGAGUGGGAAAGUGUAUGAAGUGGGCUCCGGGACCUAUACUUUCAAAGUUACUAUGGAU